AUGGGGAACAGCAAACCUUCAACGCUCCUCUCACUCAUCGGUGUCAUGCUGCUCUGGCCGUAUGUUCUCACAAAGAGCGUCUCAUCCAGCUCUUCUCUUACUGCAGUUCAGGGAGAAGAGCGCCCUCAUGUGGUGAAGCGGUCAACACAGAAAUGUGAAAGCACAUUUGAUAAAUACUGUCUGAACAACGGCCUGUGCAUGCUGCUGGUGGACAUCAACGAACAUCACUGCAAGUGUGAGGAUGGCUUCUACGGUCCCAGGUGUGGAAAUCUGGAGCUGGUGUUUCAGCCAAUGGCAGAAGAGCAGAUCCUCCUCACUGUUUUCUGUGUGAUUCUGCUGAUGAUCGGUCUGGCUGGAGCUCUGUACUUCUGCUGCAAAUGGUAUAAGAAAAACAGAUUCUCACGUCCCCCAAAGCGGCAGGGCUACAAAGGAGUCCAGUGUGACUCGAUCCCGUUGCAUUAA